CUACAUUCUCCCCUCACCCACACCGGCCAUUCUCCUUUCAGGGAAGAACUUCUUAUUCCGUCGCAAAAAUGCUUGGAUUCAUUUCACCUACUGCAUCGACUGGUGGCGCGAAAGAAUACAGUUCCAUUGAAAUGGAAGAAAUCACUACUUUCUUCAAGACAACACUUGAAAAAAGUGCACCUCAUUCACGUAUCAUUUCAGGAAGAUGCUCUAUCCAUAGGGUACCUGAAAGGUUACAUAAAUGAGUCAUUUAGGGUUUGGGUUGUAAGUUUUAGCUUAAAGGAUUUGGGUCCUAAGUUUGUCCAUUUUUGAGUUUGGGUCGUUGACCCGUUAGUCAACUACUUAGUUUGGUCAAACUGUUACUUAGUUUGGUCAAACUGUUAGGGUUAUCGACGACAUCCGGCUCCAAUAGUUUCUGCUAGAAUACGGACAUCCAACUCAAAACCAAUUAACAAUGAGUGGAGAGGCCCUAAGGGAUUAUAAGCCGCAGGAUCUUAGAUUGCCCAAUAAUGUGGGACUAAUAAUCUCAACAGUUUCCUUACCUCAUCCCCUCUCUCUGUAGCGCUUGAAUGGUUGUUUCUCAUUUAUGCACCUCCUCCCUUUCCUUCUUCGAACCCCUCCAUUUAACACCACCACCAUCUCAUGGUUUUAGAUGACAACAAUGGUGGAAGUAGUAUAAAGCAGAAAAUACCACACCGAAAAUCACAGCCUUGGAUCUAUCAAUUAACUUACAACCAAUAUUCUGAAGCAUCACAUUUUGAUUGCCGUUCUGAUGCCAAAGUGAGAAAGUCACACUAUCUUGAUUCACGUGAAAUCCCAAUCCAUCGUAUAAUUUUAUCAUUUAGAAGUCCAUUUAUAAAUCUGAUUUUAUUGAUCCGAAAGACGUGAGGAAAUUUUUGAGUUGAAGAAAUUGAUUAGUGCUGGUGUUCUGGUUGAUGUGGGGUUUGAAUCAUUGAGUGUCGUUUUAGUUUCGUCGAAUGAAGUACUCCAUGAGAAGAACCCAAUUACAAUCGUUAACUCUCCCCUGAUGGUUUGACCAAAAUCAAUAGUUGACUAACGGGUCAAUGACCCAAACUCAAAGAUGGACAAACUUAGGAUCCAAAUCCUCUACCAUGCUAAAACUUACAACCCAAACCUUAAAUAACUCUAAAUGAAUUUACCGAGCCUAGUAGACUAUAUAAGCCUAAAACAAUCUCUAUUAGUCCUUUCCACCAUAGAGACCAAAGCUUAAAAGCCAAGGAAAUUUAUAAAUGGACGUAUGCACACUCUUUACUUACUCGAACAGCAAACAGGAAGCUAAAAGAAGACAAAGUCAAAAUCAAAUCCAAAGAAGAGGAGAAGAAAAUCAAAAACAAGAAACAACAGAAGAAAAAGACGAUGAUGAUGAUGAACAAGAAGAAGAAGGAAGAACAGCAACAUCUGAAGAAGCAGCAGUAGCAGAAGAAGAAACAGAAACUGCAACAACAACGACAACGGAAACAGAUGAUGAAGAAGACAAAUGGGCAAGGUUUUUUCAUACAGAGCUGGACUCAUCAGGUGCACUAGUUACAAACAAAGAGUGGUUUGCUGUAUUAGAAGAAUGCGUUUCUUCUAUUAAGAAGAUGGAGACCGAAAUUCGGAUGUGCUAUUCAGAAUUCAUAGACAUGGAUAGCCGGGAGUUCGUACAGAUGAUGGUAAUUGAUGGUUUGUUUAUUAUUGAGCUGCUAUUAAAAGUUGAAUUCAUCCAAUACGCUUAUGACAUGGGAAAUAUUGACCCUAUAUGUCGUAAUCCGUGGCUUAUGGCAGGGGUUAUUCAAGAUAUGAGACUACUUGAAAACCAACUCCCGAUGUUUGUUCUUGAAUGUUUAUACAAGAUAAUUGCUCCACCAGAUGAGUUAGAGGAUUUGCCUUUGAAAAUGCUUGCUCUUCAUUUGUUCAAGAAUACGUUGACGCUUCUUCCAGAUGAAAUAACUCUUGAUCUGGACCAUUGUGGAUGAGAAUU